AUGACCAGUGAAAUUGGUUCAUCAGUGAUAACCAGUGAAAUUGGUUUAUCAGUGAUGACCAGUGAAAUUGGUUCAUUAGUGACAACUAGUGAAAUUGGUUCAACAGUGACAACUAGUGAAAUUGGUUCAACAGUGAUAACCAGUGAAAUUAGUUUAUCAGUGAUGACCAGUGAAAUUGGUUCAUUAGUGACAACUAGUGAAAUUGGUUCAACAGUGACAACUAGUGAAAUUGGUUUAUCAGUGAUAACUAGUGAAAUUUGUUCAUCAGUGAUGACCAGUGAAAUUGGUUCAUCAGUGAUGACCAGUGAAAUUGGUUUAUCAGUGAUGACCAGUGAAAUUGGUUCAUUAGUGACAACUAGUGAAAUUGGUUCAUCAGUGAUGACCAGUGAAAUUGGUUCAUUAGUGAUGACCAGUAAAAUUGGUUUAUCAGUGAUGACCAGUGAAAUUGGUUCAUCAGUGAUGACCAGUGAAAUUGGUUCAUUAGUGAUGACCAGUGAAAUUGGUUUAUCAGUGAUAACCAGUGAAAUUGGUUUAUCAGUGAUGACCAGUGAAAUUGGUUUAUCAGUGAUAACCAGUGAAAUUGGUUCAUUAGUGAUGACCAGUGAAAUUGGUUUAUCAGUGAUGACCAGUGAAAUUGGUUCAUCAGUGAUGACCAGUGAAAUUGGUUUAUCAGUGAUGACCAGUGAAAUUGGUUUAUCAGUGAUAACCAGUGAAAUUGGUUUAUCAGUGAUGACCAGUGAAAUUGGUUCAUUAGUGACAACUAGUGAAAUUGGUUCAUCAGUGAUGACCAGUGAAAUUGGUUUAUCAGUGAUAACCAGUGAAAUUGGUUCAUUAGUGAUGACCAGUGAAAUUGGUUUAUCAGUGAUGACCAGUGAAAUUGGUUCAUCAGUGAUGACCAGUGAAAUUGGUUCAUCAGUGACAACCCGUGAAAUUGGUUAA